GAAAAUCUGGAUAAUCUACGUAACGGUCCAUCCUCCUCCUCCUCCUCCUCCUGAGCAGCGGGUCAGUGUGUGUCUGUGUCUCUGUGUGUGUGUUUGCUCUUCAUCCGCGAAACACUGAGCCAUGGCCGCACAGAAGAUCAACGAGGCGCACGAGCACAUCGCCAAAGCCGAGAAAUGCUUAAAGACCAGCAUGACCAAGUGGAAACCUGAUUAUGAUGAAGCAGCUUCAGAGAUGGCAAAAGCAGCUGUGGCUUUCAAAAAUGCGAAGCAGUUUGAACAAGCGAAGGAUGCGUACCUGAAAGAGGCCGAGUACCACACAGAAAACAAAGCACUCUUCCAUGCAGCAAAAGCGUAUGAACAAGCCGGCAUGAUGUUGAAGGACAUGAAGAAGAUGCCUGAAGCCAUCCAGCUGAUAGAGAAGGCCAGCAUCAUGUACAUGGAGAACGGGACCUCUGGCACUGCUGGGAUUGCCUUGGACAGGGCUGGGAAACUCAUCGAGCCGAUGGAUCUGGAGAAAGCCGUGGACUUGUACCAGAAGGCCGCGUCUGUGUUCGAGAAUGAAGAUCGUCUCAGACAGGCCGCAGAGCUUCUGGGUAAAUCCUCCAGACUUCUGGUGAGACUGCGCAGGUUGGACGAGGCCGCUGUGUCCCUCCAAAAAGAGAAGAACAUGUACAAGGAGAUUGAGAACUACCCCACCUGCUUUAAGAAAACCAUCGCUCAAGUGCUGGUCCAUCUUCACCGAGUUGACUUUGUUGCUGCAGACAAGUGUGUCAGAGAAAGUUACAGUCUCCCAGGGUUCAGUGUGAGUGAGGACUGCGUGUCUAUGGAGACGUUACUGGCGGCGUAUGACGAGCAGGACGAGGACGAGGUGUCACGUGUCUGCAACUCACCUUUACUCAAGUACAUGGACAAUGAUUACGCCAAGCUGGCCAUCUCUCUGAAGGUGCCGGGUGGAGUCAGCGGGAAGAAGAAGAAAACUCCUGCUGCUCCUCAAGGGGGCAGUGCUGGACCAGCGCAAGAGCAAGACGACGAUUACGAGGGAGGUUUGUGUUAACUGAGGGAACAGCCCGACUAUCUGUGUGCGCGUGUGUGUGUGUGUGUGUGUGAGAGAGUUAACGAGUAUCUUAAGUGUUUCCUCCCUUUGUGCAAAGUGGAGUCAUUCCUUAGGAAUUCUCUUCCUGUGGGAGGGUCCGGUUUUCUGUGCGUUUACACAUCAGACACUCAUAAUCUUACAAGCACAGGCUGUGAGUGUGGACAUCGGUUCAACAUAAUUAAUGCUGAAGAGGUUCAUCUCUCUGCCACUAUCUGCACCAGUGAUGAUGCGUUUUUGGAGUUGGCUCGAAUAACUCGAUAUCAGAGCUCGACAAAAACCUAAACUGGCUUUUGGAUUAUUGCAUAAAAUAAGCGGUCACUAAUCAAAGUGCGUUUAUGUUACUAUGAUUUUUUACAUCAAAAACAAUAAUUUAGACAAAAAUACAAGGCCAUGAUUUCAACAGUUUUAAGGGGCGUGUCUGCUGCAAGGUUAUAGUUUUGCAAUUUUCAUUCACAAAUUCAGUUUAGUUUAAAUUCUAAAACGUUUUUAAAGUGGGUUUGCUAGUUUAGUUUAGUUUUUAUUUUUUGAAAAUGCUAUUUUUGCUUUUUUUUAACG